AUGAACUCAGCCACAGUCACACUACCGUUCACAGCAGCACAAUCUGGCGGCGCUGUCGUGGGCGGCCUUUGCGAAGGUAUGCCGGGCCACUUUGCGCUUGCAGCGGACGUGCAUUCAAUGCAAAUGGGCCUGCCUGGCCCGGGCCCGGGCAAGUCGGUGAGCUACGGUCGCUUCUCAGCCUAG